GGGAAUUUGCAAAUCAGAAAUCGCGUUGUUCAACAGUUUGUUUGAGAGUGGAGUGAUAGUAUAAACACGCGAAAAUGGCUAGGGAUGGAUUUGAAGUGGCGGUGAACGGAAUUAAUAACAAUUACAAAAAUUCUAACGGAAAAACUAAUGGCAUUUCAGCUUAUUCAAAUGGACAUAAAGUAAAUGGGACAUACAGCAAACCACUGACCACAGCUUUCAGAGAACAUUUUGAAGAAACACCUCUGGGUGUUGCAAUUUGGACAUAUUUAGGAUACGCCAUCUUAGUAGUGAUUGGACAAAUUAGAGAUUUUCUCAGAAAUAUUGGAUUAGAGAAGAUCAAAUCAUGUACAGAACCAAAAUUACCAGGUUUUGUGCCACUUUUUCAAAGUUGGGAAAGUUUCUACACCAGGAAUCUAUACAGGCGGGUUCGGGAUUGCUGGAAUCGCCCGAUAGGAAGUGUGGCAGGGGCUGAGAUGGAUGUCAUGGAGAGGAUCAGUCAUGACCAUGGAUGGAAUUUUGAAUUGACUGGGAAAAAGCAAAGAGUAAUGAAUCUAGGGUCCUACAACUAUCUUGGGUUUUCACAGAAUGAGGGACCGUGCGCAGAGGCAGUAGACGGCAUUGUUCAGAAAUUUGGUGUUGGAACUUGUGCCAGUCGUCAAGAAUUGGGUUAUCUUGAUCUUCACAGAGAGCUGGACACCUUAGUCGCAGAAUACCUAGGAGUGGAAGAUGUUAUAACAGUCCCUAUGGGAUUUGCAACAAAUUCCAUGAAUAUGCCUCUUUUAGUUGGCAAAGGGUGUUUAAUUUUGAGUGAUGAAUUAAAUCAUGCUUCAUUAAUCCUGGGUUCCCGAUUGUCAGGUGCUACCAUCAGGACGUACAAGCAUAAUGACAUGGAAGAUUUAGAGAUUAAAUUACGUUAUGCUGUGACAGAAGGAAUGCCUCGGACACACAGACCUUGGAAAAAAAUUCUCAUUGUAGUGGAAGGCAUAUACAGUAUGGAAGGCUCUAUUGUUAGACUGCCAGAUGUAAUCAGGUUGAAAAAGAAAUAUAAAGCAUAUGUCUAUUUGGAUGAGGCACACAGCAUUGGAGCCCUUGGGCCUCAUGGAAAGGGAGUUGUUGAUUAUUUUGGUCUCGAUCCAAAAGAUAUCGACAUCAUGAUGGGGACAUUUACGAAAAGUUUUGGUGCUGCUGGAGGUUAUCUAGGAGGUUCAAAGAAUUUGAUCAACCACCUGCGAGUGUCCUCCCAUUCAGCAAUUUAUUCAAGUUCCAUGCCUCCAUGUGUUAUCCAGCAGGUCAUUUCCUCAAUGAAAAUUAUGCUUGGCAAAGAUAAUACAGAUGAAGGAAAGAAGAGAAUAAAGACUUUGGCGUGGAACACAUCAUACUUCAGAAGGAGACUCAUGGAGAUGGGAUUUAUUGUGUAUGGAAAUGAACACUCCCCUGUUAUUCCAAUUCUGUUGUUCAUGCCCGGAAAAAUCAGUUGUCUCAGUAGAGAGUGUUUGAAGAGAGGACUAGGAAUUGUGGUGGUGGGAUUUCCAGCUACUUCUAUCAUAGAAUCCCGGGCCAGAUUCUGUUUGUCUGCAGCUCACACACAGGAAAUGUUAGACAAGGCUUUAAAUAUCCUUGAUGAAGUAGGAGAUCUGUUGAAAUUGAAAUAUUCACGUUUAAAAGUACAACCACCGAUAACAGAAAAGGAAACUAAAGAAUCUAAAAAUGGAACAAGGCAGCACAGUGACUAAAUGUGUGGAUCUGUUAGAAAAGAUCACAAAGUCCACUCUCUCACCAAAUAAUGUUAUCCAAGACGACAGUGUUGUGAUGUCUGUUCCUGCAAACAAAUCCACAGACAUGGUGUGCAGAAGACUGAUGCAGGUUAAUACCAGUUACAUGGAGGAUAGAGAGAAAUUUCCAUUGAUAAUUCAUUAUAACUUGAAUAGGUGUAUGUCGGGCUGGUCUUUUUAGUGCUCUUCAUUUGACUUUGUUAUAUUUACAUAUAUAUAUUUUUACUGCAUAUUAUAAAGUGCAUUCUUUACAUUCUUUGAUUCCAUAUUAUUAACUAAAGUUUCCAGGGAAGUAGUGGAUUCAAUUAACCAUGUCUUUCUAUCUUCAUUAUUAAGCAAAUGUAAAGCAGGGCUAAUAUUGAACAGUGUUCAUAUGGAUGUAGAAAGGGCUUGAAGUUCGGUUAUUUUGAAUUUUAAACAAAUUACUAUGAAGUCCUAGAAAAGUGCUUGAUUAUUAUGAAAAAGUGCUUGAUUUUUUUUUUUUUUAUUUAAGUGUAUGAAUUUUGUUGCAAAUGCUUUGAAGUUUAAAAAAGGAGGUGACCUUUUUAACAACAAAAUAAAUUUUUUGUUCUAGUUUCAUUGUUUAUGAGAAAAAAUUAUAUCUGGUUUUAAUCUUAGAAUACUGUAUCCUUUCAAUAUGGUUUCAAAAGGAAAUGAAUUGGCUUGGGAAAAAUAUUGUGAAAUGUGUUUGAGAAGUUUUUGAUAAUGGGCUAGUGAAGUGCUUGAAAAACAGUAAUAUCAUUAUGUGUUGUAAAAUGACAGAAGCCUUGAAGGCAAAUUUAAAAUGAUGCAACAUUAUUUUUCAAUAUUUCAUGGCCAAAACAAGACAGGUUGAAAUUCCAACAGAUGUUAAUAUAACUAAAUUUUAUUUUUGAAAACUGCAAUGCUUCAUUCGUGAAGCGCUAACAUGCUUAUUAAGUAUGCCAUUGUGAAGUGUCACAAUUCAUACCCUUGUGUAAUUUAUUUCUUAAACUACAGAGACUGAGAGAUGAAUACAAUGUAUACCAUCUUCCUUAAAUUGUUCUUGAACACAAAUUUUGAUACCAGUACAUGGCUACAUUUUUGCAUGAAUUUACAUCAUACAUAAUUUUAUUUUAUGAAAUUCUAUAGCUAUUUAUAUCGGUCUAAAAGCUCCCUUGAGCUGAUGUUCCUUUGUUAUUUGAAGCUGACCUAGCUCUAUAUGAGGGUAUUAUUUUGGGGUAGUCGCUUGCCUGUGUUUAUAUGUUCUGUAAUAAUGUACUGGUGGUGUGAAUUACACAACAUACAGUGUACUGAUAUCUGCUGUAUUCCAGGAUGUGCUGAUUAAUAUAUACUUGACUCACGAUUAGCAAUAGAUCAUUCCUUUACCCAAUAGGAUCUUCAUGUGACAGAAUACAUAUCAUUGUAGGAGUUCUACUAAAGACAGUAAAAUCUAUUAGGUCCUAUGUUUUUCAAUGCUCAAGUUGGCUCUAUUACAUGAGAUCAUGCUCUUCAUGGAAAGAAAGGCUGCCAUAUAAUUUUUUUUUUACCUUAUACAAAUGAACAUGUAAACUAUCAAAAGAAGUUAUUUUUUAUGAUAUCUAUACUAUGUACAUUUUUUUUAUAAGUUCAGUUGUCAUGUUAUUUAUUUUUCAUUACCCAUAUCAAAGUUGCUUUGCAAUUUACUGACUUUAUUUAAUCUGUAUAUAUUACUUUAAUGGUGAUUAAUGUGUAUUAUAGCCAAAGCAAAGUUUAGAAUUUGCUCAACCACAAACAUAUGUCCUUUGUUCUCUCUUAUACAUGUAUUUGUUUCUAAAAAAAUGAACAAACCUACACAGUGUUAAAAUUUCUUGGUUUUGUGGUAUAUAUUUACAUUAUAUAUUCUUUAUCCACUGUCACUGGCUGGUACACUGUAUGCAUAAUAAUUUUCAGAGAUCCAAAAGCUGGUGUUUUGUUUUUUUAAUUAAUACAUCAUGACAGGCUAACUGCAUUUUGGGGGUUACACAAUAUUGUUUUCAGAAAUGAACAUCGUAAUAAUUUUAAUUGGAAAUUAUAUAAAAGCAGCGGGUUCGGCUUAAGUUAGACUGUUACACUCUGUUAAUAACUGCAAAGAACUCGUUAGACUAUUACUCUCUGUUAAUAACUGUAAACAACUCGUUAGACUAUUACUCUCUGUUAAUAACUGUAAACAACUCGUUAGACUGUUACUCUCUGUUAAUAACUGUAAACAACUCAUUAGACUGUUACUCUCUGUUAAUAACUGUUCAGAUUUUGCUGGUUAGUUUACAUGAAACACCUUGAAAUUAAAAUUACACUUAUAUUAAUGUACAAUCACUUGUAUUAAUGUACAAUUGAAAUAGAGUUUAACUUUUGAUUGCUAAAACCAUUCUGUUUUUGCUCAUUCAUAGAAUCUGUCUUAAUCUAAGCAUUUACAAUAUCAAUUAUUUACUUAUUUGUUAUUUCUGAACACCAUAGUUUCUUUGCUGUCAACAAUAUACUUAUUUAUAGUUUAUCAAUGUGUGUGCCAUUUUGAUGUUUGUAUUUAAACCUCUAAAUGAAAACAGUGAUGAUUUGUAUGUUUAUUUUUUACAUUUAUAAUUCAUGUGUGUGAAUUUUGUUUUUCCUUUGUAUAUGUAUUAUUUUCUAUUGUGAGUAACGGAUACUAUGAACUUAUUUGUGCAGAAAAAUGUCGCUCAGUCUGUCUAUGACACUCCACGCUGACACAGAUACGUGUUUCAAUGUAUCGGUCGUAUGAGAUGAGACAGAUUUGUUAUUUUUGAAUUAUUUGAUGAUUUCAUGAACUAUUACAAAGUGUAACAUUAAAUUUAUUUUAACCAAUGAUUGUAUUUUGAAAUUGAAUAUGUUGAAAUCCAGAGUAUUUUGUAUAUUUGCUGUUAAGAAGAAUAAAUCAGUAAUCAUU